AUGUUUGUCAAGUAUUUGGGUGCGGUGGUUUGCAUUUUUGCUACCUCGGUCGUGUCCCAGACAUAUACCGACUGCAAUCCUACCGAGAAGACCUGUGAUCCCGCUCCGGCCCUCGGCAACUUGACUAUUGAUUGUGAUUUCACCCAGGGAGCUUGCAGCGACUUCACCGCCGCAAGCGGGACCACGAUCACAUACGAUGACAAUGGCGCCCUCUUUUCUAUCGAGAAUGAUACCCAGGCCCCCACCCUCUCGACAUCGCGAUACAUCUUCUUUGGCCGCGUGGAAGUUCAACUAAAGGCGGCUGUCGGGCAAGGAAUCAUCACAUCCGUUGUGCUGCAGUCCGCGGAUCUUGAUGAAAUUGACUGGGAGUGGUUUGGAGGGAAGGACACUGAGGUCGAGAGUAACUACUUUGGCAAAGGCGAUACCACUACCUAUGAUCGUGAAGAGUACCACGAUGUUACUACGCCGCUCUCGGCUUAUCACAACUACACAAUCGAAUGGACUUCUUCAAAGGUUGAGUGGAUUAUUGACAGUGUGGUCGUCCGAACUCUGAACUACGCGGAUGCUGAAUCAGGUACUCGUUUCCCUCAGACUCCCAUGCAGCUCAAGAUCGGUACCUGGGCUGGCGGCCUCUCAACCAACUCCGAGGGUACCAUCGAAUGGGCUGGCGGUGUUACUGAUUUCAGCGAGGCUCCUUUCCAGGCCUGGUACAAGUCCGUGUCCGUCGUUGACUACGCCGGCGGCAACUCCUCUGCCACGGAGAGUAUCACUGAGUAUGUCUACAGCGAUACUUCUGGCUCACAUGAAAGCAUCACCGUGGUCAAGGGCGAGAGUGUCUCGGUUGAAAAUCUCACCAUCAACAAUUCAACCUCACUCGUCACUACAGCGAGUGGAUCAAACGCCUCGAACGAUACUACCGGUUCAAACAGCACCACGACCAGCAGCACCAGCACUACUGCGGCCCAGGCUACAAGUGCGACAUCUACUGUCACUACCAGCAAUGACGCGGCUUCCGGUUCCGUCUCCACUCUUUUCGCCAUCUGCGCUGCCGCUAUCAUGAUUUCCGCUUUCUAA